AUGAAAUCUGACGCAAAGCUCACUGUUGAUACCGGAACCGAUUUCUACGACCGCAGUCUGACGAGUCGCAGAUAUGCCCGUAUCGGAGUGGCAUUCUCAAGUAUCUUCAGCUUCUCAUGCAUCGUUGCAGGCAUUGUCAUUUUAACUAAUCACGGAAUCAUGGGUUUAGCCAUGGUCAUUUCUGAUAUCGAUCAUAACCAGUCGCUCGCGCAGGAGAUAUUGACCCUGACACUUAACUUCAUCGUCAUGUUAUGCACUGAGUCCACAGGUCUUGUACACGGCAUCUCAUUGCGCUCUGCGCUAGCCUCAGAGUCUUGUCUUCAUUUCAACACCAAUCUGCGCCUUCUGACCGCAGCUCGUGGAUGGUACAACCCUAACGGCGCCCUGCUUAACGGUAUCUCAGCUGUCCUCCUCAUUGUAUCCUACAGCUCUACCUCACUCAUUGUAUGUCCUCAAUAUCAAACAGUACAAGCGAGCGGUUUUGCCUUCAUAGGGCUACCUCUCCUCAUUUUGGGCGUCGCGCUCCUUAUCCAGGUAAUGAUCGCAUUGUCAGGGAUGCGGGCUGUCAAAAUAUUGACGUGGAGCUCCUCACCUUUCGACCUGACCGCCGCAUUGGUACACCACACGCAGUUGGCCCCUGUUACUUUCCGGUGCAUGUGUUGUGUGUCUGACCUAGACACGUUUGGAGGUCCAGCAAAGCCAUCCGAGAUACAGCCCUCUGCGUGGCAUGCUCACCCUAGUAUUCGGAAAGUUGUCAUUUUUCUUUGGGUGGUCGUUGCAGCAUGUGCUGGAUGGGCCGCACUCAUCAUGUAUUUCUGGGACAAGUAUCACACCAGUGUGGGUUUCAUGUCCUCCUAUGCGCUGACUACGCAAACGUGGUCGUUCAUCCCUGAUAUAUCUGGGCAGUCCAAUUUUAUCACGUAUAUUAUACCGGGUCUCAAUCUUGAGCUGUGGAUUCUACUCUUUGUCAACACGGCGGCUAUCCAGGGACCGUUGACACUUGAGCUGCAUUGCUCCGUCAACUACAGGUACAAGAGGGUAAGUGAAUCCGCCAUGUGUCUCUGA